CACUGAUAGAACCAAGUUUACUUGCAGUAGGAUUUUUUUAUUAAUUAUAUUAAUUUCUAUAAUUAUUAGUACAAAACGAAUAACAAUUACUUUUAGUCGAUUAAAAGAACAAAACUUGACUACGAUUUAGUAACAUUUGCACAACUCUAAAUAAUUUUUGUUGGCAGGUUGGUUGCAUUUGUUUUUUAUUCGCGACUUCGCGUUCUAUUUUUGUGUGUGACGGUUCCGUCCGGCGGAGAAGGAUUUUAUUUUGCAAAUAAUUUUGAUGGUUUUCGUUUAGAUCAUCGAAAUCCCUGCAGAAGUUCUCCCGAUUGCGGUAAAUAAUCAAAAUGCAGAACGGAGACGGUACGCCAACCGCCGCGGAUAACACCAAGAAAACGGUGCCGGAGGAGGUUACGAAGCAUUCGUUCCGGUUGAAGGUAUGGCGUCAUUUGGAGUCCAAUGGACUGGCGAUGUUCCCAAGGCCGGUCUACAACAGGAUCCCCAACUUCAAGGGCGCCCCGGAGGCCGCAGCCAAGUUGGCUGAACUGGACGUGUUCAAGAAUGCUAGCACCGUGAAAGUCAACCCCGAUAAGCCGCAGGAGGCUCAACAGAAGACCCUCUACGUGCCGGUGCCUCGUCUGCAGAAAGGGUUCCUAAACCGGCUGGAGCUGCCUGAAGGAGAGACUGGCCCAGCAGCCAUCAGGAAGGCCGUCUCGCGCAACGGAAUGGAGUCCUAUGGAAAACCUAUUGGCAUAGAAGACUCCGUUUCGCUUGAUUUGGUCGUAAUGGGAUCAGUAGCUGUGUCCAAAGAAGGAUAUCGCAUUGGCAAGGGCCGAGGCUAUGGCGACCUGGAGUUCGGUCUGAUGAUGCACAUGAAAGCCAUCAAGCCAAACACACUGGUUGCCACCACUGUGCACGAUUGCCAGGUGUUCGACACACUGCCGGCAGAAUUGUUCGGACCGCAUGAUGUCCCGAUUGAUAUCAUUGUCACACCAACUCAGCGACCGGUCGGUAUUCUGUGGCAUCUAUUGUCCAACCGUCGCCUCGAGCUCAUGCCCAUACUUGGACAACUGCGUGAGAUUGAAAUGCUUGCAGGACGUGCGUGUCCCCUGAAGGAAGUGGACACAGACGUCGAGGAGCGCGCCGCUCAGCGCCCACGCCGUCUGAGACACCGCACUCGCUCGCACAAGAGCCAUAGCGAGGGAGAGGGUAACACAACAGAGGGCGAGGAAGGCAAGGGCGGCGGUAAAGCGCGUCGGUCCACGCGUCGGCGUAACAGUCAAAAGUCUGCCAGCAAGGACAAGGACGAGAAACCACGUCGUCCCAAAAGACAACGUCCUGACAUCGACUUUUCUGUUAAGAUUUCUAACAUAAGUCCCAAUACAAGAGUGCGCGAUCUGAAACAGGCGCUUUCUGAACGCGGAGUCAAGCCACAGAUCAUGGUUUGGAAGGGAUUCCGUGGCUUCUGUUAUCUACACUUCUUCAAGCCAAGCCCACAAAAGGGCGAGGGUGACAGUGGGUCCAGUGUGAGCAUGGAGAGCGUGCUGGCGGCGCUGGCGCAGAUGUCGCUGGGCGGCAGCGGCGGCGCGGCGGGCGGCGGUGCGGCCGCGGGGGGCGCCGCCGACGAGCCGCGCGACGACAAGCCGCGUCUGCUCUGUGUCGAGCCCGCGCCGCCCAGGCACGAGAAGCCGCAGGCUGAGCAAUUUGUGGUGAACAUGGUCUCCCAAUUGGAGAGCUGCGAUGAAGUAAGCGAAGCAUACGUGGACACUUCUGGAGUAGUUGUAGGCCGGUACAAUGAAACCAUAGCUUAUAUGCGUGGCAACGUUAACUUCUUGAUGGACGUUGGAGCUAAUACUAUGGUAGAAAUUACACUAUACAAAGAAGCGUCUGGUAAAUACGAAUUAAUGUAUUCACACGAGAUCUGUGACCUCUGUGCCGAAGUAGCGAAAGGCGAAGAUAGUGAUUACGUCUCCUAUAUGAAGUACUUUGGCAUACCUGACGAAUGUCCUUUUAGUGCGGGCGAGUAUCCUAUCCUGGAGUUCAUAGUGGACACGGACGAUUUGCCAGUUAACAGCAACACGGUAGGAAGAUACCAGGCUUACUUGAAUCUUUACGAAAACAUUGAAAAAGAUUGCAAGUCUUCGAAAAUAUUUAUGUUCUGUCUCUCUCUUAAGUUAAUCAUUGAAGCUGAUUAGAUCGUUGAUACAAAUACCUAUAUCAGCUCGGUAAGUGGAAUACUAAAAUGUUAACUCUAAAAUCUCUAAAUUAUGUUGUAUUCUCAAGAUUUUGGACUGUAAUAAAUUGUGACGUCAAUUUCUAUUGAA